UCUCAUGGGACAUCGUCAGGUCCCUGAGACGAUGGCCGUCAAGACAAUGGUGCCGUUGAGCGGCGAGACUUUUCUGUACGUCCAACUCACCCGCCAUCCCGAUGUAGCCAUUGACCAAUCUUCCAACUCUCAAGCCGUCAGCAGCAUACCCGUCAGAUCCCCCGGCAGGGCCAUCAAAUGAUCCCAGCCGCCCGGGCUUUUCAACCAUAGCCAUGUCCGCCCCAAACGACAAUACUCUCUGCGCGGCGAACAACAUCGUCUGGGCAAGUCAGGCAGACGACCUAGCCUUCAACUCAGCCCUUGACUCCUAUGCCGGCGAUGAUGGCAACGAUCCAAUCGAACCUCCGCCACAGGAUACCCCUGCGGUGUACUCAGCUCCCGCAGUCUCUACAUGGAAUGCCGGUCUGUCACCGUCGCCGCCGCCCCUCAUCAGCCUCAGCAUCCCGUCUCCAGCUCUCCAAUUUUCCGACUUCCCGACUUCCCGACUCCACGGUUUUCUUCUCCUCUGCACCUCGCAAUACCGCCGGCCAGUAUCGUAGGCAAUAGCACCAUAGUAUCCGGAUUCGGAAGUCUACUUCCAUCUCGAAUGGGUUGGAAGCUUCUCUUUCCUUCUUUCUUCCUCAAUACUUCACACUUCAGACAGUAUCGCAAAAUUCCCCCGACAUUGCUCUUCACUUUUGAU